CGGUUAUCUAUUUGGAUCAGGUAGCUGGCUUUAUCUUUCUCCGAGAGUAGUCGAAAGAUGAUAUCAGGCCCACUCCUCUUGUUCCUUUCGUCAGUUUGAAAAUGGGAAAUAUGUUCCUCAGUUUGUUCACUGCGUGUAUUCCAAAUUGCGGAAAUAGCUGAGUGGGUUGGUGAAGAUAACUUUCUGUGCCUUUUUCCUGUCAUCUGCUUGGAUUUUAUUUUUUCAACUUUUUUUUGUUCGUUUCUUCUGGAAAUCAUUUGAGAAAUUGGGAGAAGUUACUUCUCUCUCUAGCUCUCUCACGACAAGCGGGCGCACUUACAGAGUUUUUCUCUACGCAGGUGGGUUCAAAUUUCGGCUACAUUAUUUUAAGUUUGUCGUAGGUGUUAGAAAAUGCCAGAAAUUCAGUUAGGCGCGCACACAAUAAGAUCCCAUGGUGCUCAAGUAGCCAGGUUUCAUAUGCACGAUUGGCUUAUUCUUCUCCUUCUUGUGGUGAUAGUGGCCGUUCUGAAUGUCAUAGAGCCAUUUCAUCGGUUUGUUGGUGAAGACAUGAUGACUGACCUGAAGUACCCUUUGAAAGAUAACACCAUUCCCAUUUGGGCUGUUCCGAUAAUCGCUAUAGUAUUGCCUUUCACUGUCAUCCUCGUCUUUUACUUUAUCAGGCGUGAUGUCUAUGAUUUGCACCAAGCGAUGCUGGGCCUGCUCUUUUCUGUACUUAUAACUGCUGUUCUUACUGAUGCAAUCAAAGAUGCUGUUGGUCGCCCUCGACCUGACUUCUUCUGGCGUUGUUUCCCUGAUGGUAGAGGGGUGUUUCAUAAUGUGACAAGGGAUGUCCAGUGUACUGGAUCAAGGAGUGUUAUAAGAGAAGGUCAUAAAAGUUUUCCCAGCGGACAUACUUCAUGGUCCUUCGCUGGUCUUGGCUUCCUAGCCUGGUACUUGUGUGGUAAAAUUAAAGUGUUUGAUCGUAGAGGCCAUGUGGCAAAGUUGUGCAUUAUGUUUGUGCCUUUACUACUGGCGGCAUUAGUCGGAGUUUCAAGAGUUGAUGACUAUUGGCACCAUUGGCAAGAUGUCUUUGCUGGAGGUCUACUGGGGUUGACGAUUGCUUCAUUCUGUUACUUGCAAUUCUUUCCUCCACCGUAUGACGUAGAUGGUUGGGCGCCUCAUGCGUAUCUUAGUAUGCUUGCUGAGUCACAGGGGGACAACAGAAAUCAUGCAAGGCAGUCAGAAAUUGAUAGCGUGUAGACAAGACCCUUGUAAUCGGUAAGCACAUAUCCGAGCAUAUGUCCUUAAGUGGGUAGAGACACUGAAUCUUAUUUCCAACAGUAGUGUGCACAUAGGUAGUUGAAGCAGUUACUCAUACUUAACUUUUGUGUAGAAAGUACAGCAGAGUUGCUAUUGCCCGUAUUCUCUUACUCUUACCAUGAUGGCUUGCCUGAAAAAUUCUUUAAUGCCAAUUCUCAUCACAAAAUUGUUGUCCGUAUUGCUUGGAAAUAGCCCUGAGCUAUUUUUGGCCUACGAAUAUUUAAGGAGGCUAUUACAAGUUGUGUCUUGAACAGCCAUCUGAAAAUGAGUGCAUGAGUCAUCUAUUUUCCUAAUAUAUUUGGGUAGAAUUUUGUGUUUAAUAGCAGCUGAUAAAUGUUCGACAAAUUGAGUAUUAUUGUUGAGUUAGUGGCGAAAAUUCUGCCUCGGAUUAAAAAACUUAAAACUAAAAGGAGGAAAAGUAAAGGAAGGUUUUUCUCAAGUCAAUUUCCAUUUUUGAGCUUGAACAUAAAACGAACAUAAUAUUGAGCCACACAGUGGCCAGAUUUUCUAGUGCUAGCUUUCACACUUGCAUGAAAUAUGUUCAAAGGAAUAAGGCUACUUAAAAUCACAACUCUAGUAAAAUCAUUAACCGUAUCAAUUAACAUGGAUGGUCCAAAUAUAUAGGGUAAGAAAAGAAAAAGAAACUAGGUUAUAUCAUUGUUAACUUGGAGAGUCCAAA